GAAAACAGUAUUGUAGAAGUGGUUCUGCUCCUCGAUCACGGUGCACCAGCUGAUAGCAGAAAACUGCAGCUGCAACAUGGUUCCAAAAUGUGACGAGACCCAUCCUAGCCCCUCGGGUCCCAGCCCAAACCAUCCCAACAAGUUCCAAAUAGUAAUAUUGACUUGCACAAAGGCUCAAAACGAGAGAUUGUGUUGUUACAGGUUUUUGAGUAACAUGAUUCGUAAGUCAAACAUCACAUUAUGCUUGGAAUGUUCACUUUUAAUUAAUUUUGGGACUACCACUAUUUUUAGUCAUUGGUGCCAGGAAACUUCAGCAUACCUUUGAGAUACAAAGACAUAGCAUAGAAGUAAAUAGUGCAGGAACUUCUGCCAGAAUAGUACAGGACACUUCGGAUCAAGUACUAGUAUUUUGAGGAAUAACUAUACAAAAACACCUCCGCAACACAACACUGGUUGAUUCUUUGACAGAACUACAUUUGAUUUUAUGUAAGAAGAUUCCAUUGCUUAAGUGGAAGGCCAAAAGUAGCAGACAGAAAUAAGAAAAUUGAUAAAUCUUGUCCUAAACUACAAAAUCAUAGGGAAAUUAUAGCUAGUUAAACCGCUGCCUUAGUCAGAGUUAAGUUUAGCGAGUUAAAAUUUUGUUCUAUCAUUUGAAGGCAUUAAUAAAGCUAAUUGAGAAAGAAAAAGAUAAUUCACAUGAUGUGAAUCACAUCUGUUGGUCAUGUGCAAGCAAGAGGGAGAGGAUGUCAAGUAUUUAUCGUGUCACUGUCCAUUCUGAUAUAAAUUUUUGGUGUAUGAUUGGACGCUCUUUGUAGAAAAUCACGUCUUUUUGUUAGAUCCUCUACUUUAGUAUACACCUUUUAUGCAAAGUUUCCUGCUCAUAUAAAAAAACUGUAUCUUCAUAAAACAAGAAGUCCACUCUGGAUAAAGCCCAACGAACAUGGAAGAAUAUUUCAUGAAACUUUGCUUCUGCCUAGCAUUAGCUAGCUGGUGGGGUGAGUGAUCAAUGAUGGGUUACAUGUCAUAGUUAUAAGCAAAAUAAGUACAGAGACGCUCGCUGCAAUAAUGCAAUAGCAUUUGUAUAUCGUUGAUGCAAAUCACUAGGCCCUCCUAUAAAAGAACUUGUCUUUGCCUCUACUGGAAGAUUCACCUGUCUAAAACUAUUAAUAUCUCAGCCUCUGCAUGAUCAAGUUUAAUAUAUUUGUCGACUGAAUACCGCUGAAAUAUUCUUCUAGUAUGUAAUAAUACUAGAUUAGCUGUCUCUCUGUUUUAAUAAUAGUAUGCUAAGCCAUGUUGCUCAAAAACUAAUGCAACCACUGACUUUGAAGGCCAAUGAGAAGGCCAAUUAGCUGUCUACCUGUACUAAUAAUAUGAUAAAUAAUUCCUCCAUUGACUUUUGGUAGCAUUUAGAUCCAAUCCAAUAAUUAUUCAUUCACUACUGUGAGAAGGCCCUAUAGACCGAAACCUUUCUUCCUUCCAACCUUUAUGCUGAUAUUAAUCUUCACUUGUCAUUAAUUACAAGUUUUCUCCUACUGCAAACUUUGGUCUUUAUCAGGAAUUAUCUAAGGAAGAUGGCUCAUAAUGAAAUUGAGGAUAUGUUAGAUCACCUAAGAAGGAUCAAGAUUGGAGGUGAUCUGAAUAGCGUCAAGAUUGAUGAAAUUGAGACACUUGAAUUGGAGCUACGAUUUUUGAGAACCUUUAUAAAGUACUAUCCUUUUCUUUUGCCUGAUUCCUUAGCCAAAAUCAUAAAGAAGGCCCAAUUGAUUGUGGAAAUGCUUAACUCAGUUUUUGGUGGAAUUCCAGAUGAAUGCAAAACUAACCUUAAUGUGGAAAGGCUAGUAUCACAUUUGUUGGAAUUCAUUGGAGGUAAUGCCAGUUCAAGAUACAAUAAUGAAUUGAAUGAUUCCUAUCUGUCGGAAUAUAUGGAUUGCCUCGUAAAGAAUCUAAAUGAUGUACUGGUGUCGCUGGAAUUGGAUGAGUCUGAAACUUUUUUGACGGAUGGACUACUCCUUCAGACAAAUCGAUGUUUAAAGCAAGUGAAAAUAAUUCAAAAGAAGAUGAGAUUUUUAAGAUACUUAUAUGCCACGGAGAUGAAUGGUUACAUCGACCAUGAGAAGCUGGAAGGUCUGGAGACACGAAUUCGGUUCAUGGCUGACAAUGUGGGACAAUUUUGUUUUUCUUUGUGGAUCUUGGGUGAGGAUGAAGAUAAUCUAAAUAAUAUCUUAAGUAAACCUCCUUAUCUACUAUGCCUGAUUAUGCUUGUGGAACUGGAAAUGAAGAAGAUUUUUCGUGGUGAAGUAAAAGGUUCGAAGUUUACCCAAUCAAGAACUUUUAAGGACAAAAAAUUGCCAAAAGGAUUUUUGCGUCAUCUCCGUGCUCUACUGGUGUAUCUCAGUAACAAAAUUCUUGAGAACUUUCCAAUUAAUGUUUCUGCUCGAAAUUUUGAUGUGGCAAUAGAGUUCUUGUUGGUUUUUCUUGCUGGUGUGCCAAAUCGAUUUAUUAAUGGGAAGAGAUUGAAUGGGGUCUUGGAAAAGGUUGUUGCUCUUGUGGGUGAAACAUUGUUUUUAAGUCAAAAGCUUCGUGCGAGCUCUACAAUCAAAGAUCACACCAGCAAGACUAAUCUUACCCUGACAGAGAUAAUUGAGAGAAGUGAAAAUUUAAAGGCACAAGUAGAAGAGAGGUACUACAAAUCCUUAAAAUUCAUUCCCUAUGGUCAGUUUCCCACAGUUGGUGGAGUCAUCCUUUUGGGUUCUUUUUUAAGGAAGUUGGAUGAAAUGUUGAAAUCUGAAUCAGGUUUAGUCAUGUUGAAGCCUCAUAUUGGUAUUUUACAAAAAGAGCUCUCAUCGCUAACAUCCAUUAUAAGAGAUGUCGCAAAGGUGCAACAUGAACAUGAAAUUCUUAAAGAUCUUCAGGGGAGUAUUAUCAAUUUGGCAUAUGAAGCUGAAGUUGUCAUUGACUCUAUACUUGCUCAAUAUAAUUCACUUUGGCAUCUCUUUUGCUCACUUCCUACAAUCAUAGAAGAGAUCAAGCAUAUUAGUGUGGAGGUGACAGAGAUGUGGUCGGAAAACCUUGAUCUUAAGCCUUGCUAUGUGGUAGAGCCAUCUAAACAUUUGCCAACCCAACAUAGCAAUACUGUGAAUGAUGAGGAGAUAGUUGGGUUUGAGAAUGAAGCAGAACAAAUAAUUCGAUAUCUGAUUCAAGGUACAAAUGAGCUAGAUAUCAUCCCAAUUGUAGGCAUGGGGGGACAAGGGAAAACGACUAUUGCUAGAAAGGUGUACGACAAUAAAGUGAUUGUUUCUCACUUUGAUGGUCUAGCAUGGUGUUGCAUUUCCCAAACAUAUAGCUGGAUAGAGUUACUACGAGAGAUCCACAGUCAAGUUUCCAAGAACAAGGUAGAUAAGGAUGAUGAACUCGCUCACAUGUUGAAGAAAAGCUUAAUGAGCAGGAGAUAUCUGAUUGUCUUGGAUGAUAUGUGGGAUGUUAAGGCAUGGGAUGACUUAAGAUUAUCUUUCCCAAAUGAUGAAAAUGGAAGUAGAAUAAUAGUAACAACUCGACUCGAGGAAGUGGGUAAGCAAGUGAAGCAACAUACCGAUCCUUAUUCUCUUCCAUUCCUCACACAAGAAGAGAGUUGCCAACUGCUGCAGAAAAAAGUGUUCCAACAGGAAGAUUGCCCACCUGAACUACAAGAUGUCAGUCUAGAAGUUGCAAAAACAUGCAAAGGACUGCCUCUUGUUGUUGUCUUGGCAGCUGGAAUUAUUAAAAAGAAGAAAAUGGAAGAAUCUUGGUGGCGUGAGGUUAAAGAUGCUCUAUUUUCCUACGUUGGCAAGUCCGAAGGAUAUAGUCUUUCCACUAUGCAGUUAAGUUAUGAUAACUUGCCUGAUUACUUAAGACCUUGCCUUCUUUAUAUGGGGGUGUUUCCGGAGGAUGCAAGAAUUCCAGUGUCUAAGUUGAUUAGCUUAUGGAUCGCGGAAGGCUUUGUGAAGAACAUUGAAUCUGGGAGGUUGGAAGAGGUAGCUGAAGGUUACUUGUUGGAUCUCAUUAGCAGUAACGUUGUAAUGGUUUCAAGGAGAAGGUAUAACGGUAAAGUCAAAUACUGCAAGGUUCAUGAUGUAGUGCUUCACUUUUGUUUUCGGAAGAGUAGAGAAGAAAAGUUUAUGUUGGCAGUGAAGGGGCAUCAUACCUACUUUGAACCUUUAGUUUGGACGAUAAACGGCCCCAUUGUAACUAAGCUUUCAGAGUUUGCAGUGAAGGGCCAAUUUCAACCUUCCAAUUGGAAGGAAAGUCGACUGAUCUUCAAUUUCACUGAUGAGCCUUUCAAAACACGGAAGCCUUUCCACCAACACUUGAGGUCACUGAUAACGACCACUGAAAGAGUAAUUCGUUCUUGGGAUCCCUAUCUUCUGGUUAGUAAAUUGAGACUUCUUAAGGUCUUGGAUUUGAGUUCCUAUGAAGUAAAUAUUUUGUUGUCAUCUACAUUGCUACCACUAAUCUACCUGAAGUUCCUUGCAGUUUACACACAUAAGUUCGUUUUCCAUCCAAAACCACAUCUGCCCCAUCUAGAAACUUUAAUUGUGAAGUGUGCUGGUAAUUGUACAGGGUUACCAGCGGUGUUUUGGAAAAUGAAAAAACUAAGGCAUGUUGAGAUUAGUUGGACUGAUUUUGAUUUGGAAAACAAUAAGCAGCAGAUCUUCAAAGAAUCCUCUAAAUUGGAAAGUUUGAGGAUAUUAAAGAAUGUUCUACAUCAAAUUCGCGAUGCCAAUGGAUUACUGGAUGUCUUAUCGGGGAGCUGUCCUAAUCUUCAAGAACUUGCCAUCAAGUUCAUUGACUAUAUAGAUUCUGAUAGCGAGGAUGAUGCUGAUAAUGUGAAUGAUUGUACAGAGAUUUGUCUCAAUUUGGAGAGUCUUACCCAGCUUCAAAUACUUCGCCUUUUCAUUCCCUCGUCCCAAGUUGUAUCCAAGUUACACUUGCCUUCAUGUUUAAAGAAGUUGGUACUACACACGGCUCGUAUAGAAAGCAUGAUUUCCUUUAUUGCGGGACUAUCAAGUCUGGAGUAUCUCAAAUUAAGGGAUCCAAGGUGGGACGAGUCAGAGGAACUUCAAUCAGAAGAGUGGUGCCUCGGAGAUAUCACAUUCCAUAAACUUAAAUUCUUAAAACUGGAUCGCUUAGUUAUCUCAAGGUGGGAAGCCUCAGAUGAAUCUUUUCCCCUUCUCGAAACACUUGUUAUAAGAUGGUGUAACGAGCUUGAGGAGAUCCCCAAUAGCUUUACAGAUAUUCAAACACUGAAACAGAUUAAGGUGCUUUCAUGCAGCAAAGACUCUCUCAAGGCUUCAGCUGUGAGAAUUAAGGAAGAAGUUGAAGAUAUUGAAGGAUGCAACCGGGUAGACAUCAUUAUCAAAGAUGUUUAUGGAAAUCUUCGAAAGCUGUGGUAACGCACAUGCUUGUCACAAAAAAAUGGUACUCUUUUAGAUGCUCGCUUUCCCUUUGUUGCUCCAUGUCGAUAUCAAACUAAUGAGGACGUGUUUGAAUUUGACAAUUGCUUAGGCAACUGCAGCUUAAGCACAGACAGAGUAAGUGGAGUUCUGUCGUUGCAAAUUCUUGUAGCCAUGCUCAUGUUGAAGUAUAUUAUGCUGCUAGCCAAAGCGCACAUCCUUUAAUUUUAUAUUGUGACACUACUACUGAUUGCUAAGGUUAUUUUUUUUUAAAUAUAUUGUUAAACAUAGAUUCAUGUGGGAAGAAUUUGUUCAUGUUCCUCUUU